AUGGAGAAACACUCCAUGCGUCACCUGCUGUGGACUGCACUGUUCCUGUUGUAUUGCAGCUGCGGGUGUUUGGCUGCUGUUGUCCAGCAGUUACCACAGAAAGGAGAAAGUGCUCUACAGGCAUACACCGUCGCUACUACUGCAGAGUCUGACGAUAAGAACGGUGAGGAAUGGAAGCCCAUCCGCAUUGCUGUGUAUACUAAACUUGUGGAGGAUAUAAUGGAGUACUGCGAACGCAAAAAAAAACAAGAUAACGUUUUUUAUAAUGAUCUGGAAGAAAAGUUUGAACAGUUUGGCGAUCAUUGUGAAGAAGAAAAUGCUAAUGUGAUGACACCGCAGAAGAAGGAUAUUCUUUUUAAGGAGGUCCUUCCCAAAGCCAUCAAACUGCACGCAGAUCGUCUAAGCGUUAAGGUGAAACAGGAGGAAGAGGACCUAAAGAUCACAAAUAUUAUUGACCAAGAUUACUGCGUGGACUUCAAGAUACCCGAAGAACAUAAAACUCAUGGUAUUCCCGAUGUUGAUUUUAUGAUUUACGUGAGUCUUUCAACCAAUUCCAUAGGCCGUUGGAUUUGCAGUAGGGGUGGAGAAAACCGACCGACGUCUGCCCUCAUCAAAUUCGUCCCAGAGUAUAUAGAAGCAACACGACAGUAUAUUCGGUUGACUGCACAUGAGAUUGCGCAUGGACUGGGGUUUGACCAUAAAGUUAUGGAAACACUGGUAAUGAUAGAACCCCGCGAAAAUGAUCUGCUAUCUACAGGAGGGUCAAGCAGUGCAAAAAAAUUCUAUAUGAACUCCUCUGAAACUCUUGAAAUACUCAAGAAACAUUACAACUGUAAAAAGAAUGAAUUAAAGGGUUUCUAUUUGGAAAACGAACCAAAUGAACGUGCACCUCCGCACUGUGAGAGACGUAUUGCGAAGGAUGAGUUGAUGAGUGCAUACAGUGAUACCUUGGGGGUUACUGGCAUGUACUACACUAAACUGACACUUGCAGUAUUUCAUUCCAUGCCCUUCUACAGCGCGAACUUCAACAUGGCAGAGCCGAUGAGCUGGGGAAAGGAUCUAAAUGUGAGUUACUUGAGGGUAAAAAGGAUCCAGCAAAGACUGACUAUUCCACUUUGUUUUGCAAAGAUGAUGACAAGAAUACCCUACAGUGCACUUCUGACCGUUUUGCCCUUGGUAUGUGCUUAA